GUCACCGUCGCUGGAAACUUCUCUCGCAUCCGGCACCUACUCUACUCCAUCUCCACGAACUCUCCUCCCUCCAGAACACCCCAAUCCCCAAGCCCAAAUUCAUCCACCAAAAAAUCGUGGAGAAGAAGAAUCGACUUCGUUAACCUUCUCUCCGUCUUCCCACCUUCAUCUCCUCUUCUAUUGGGUGGAACCGCUGGGUAGAAUCCUAGGCCUUUGCUUCAAUUAAUACUCUGCUUCAUCUAUUGAUUCGCCAGAGAGGAGGAAGGGAUUUCCGUAUUUUGAUUUGAUGGAGAGGAAGAUGGGAUCUCGGAAAUCCAAAGGCAACGUCAAUUAUCGAUUCAGAUUCAAGCUCUAUCUCCGCCGUAGCUAGAUUCAAUUCCAGCGGCAUUCCAGCUAUGGACAUGGGCUAUUCGAUUUGGGGGUUCUAAGACGUCGUCACUUCCGUGCACUGGCGUCUCACAUAUGGACGACAGAUAAAUGAGAGGAGAAGGAAGGGUUUUGUUUUUCUUUUUUUAGGGUUGGUGUCGUUGUGGGGAAGAGAAAGGAGAAGUCUUGUUGUUGUUUGUUGAUGGAGAAGUCAGAAGAGGAAAGGAGAGGGAAAUCAAAAUACAGAGGGAAAAGUAGAGGAGUAGAGGUUCAGAUCCGGAACCAAUCCACCGACAAAGAGGCACGGCGACCAACGGUAUUACGACUGCGAAAUCAAGCAGUCGAAUACUACUGCAUCGCCCUGCCGGAACCGUUGUCGCAGGCCGACCUCAAACGUCGCCUUAACCGAUUCUCAGGAAAUCUCAUCACAGCCCAUUUCGAAGAACAAGAGGAGGAGGAGGAGGAGGAAGAAGAAGAAGCAUAGUGUGAUAGGGAGGAGGAGGAAAGGCGGCGGUGAUGGUCGGAGAGAUCAUCGGCUUCGCAGCCGUUCAGAGAGAAGAGAAAACGACGACAGAGCCACUUCUCCGCCUCGCCUGAGUAAAGUCUCCUUCCCCUGGUUGAGGAUAUUUGCCCAAAAUGGCGGUGAUGGUUUUUCCUUUUCUUUUCAUUAUGUUUUUAUUUAAAUUAAUUAACAUAAAAGGGAAAAAUUUGAUCUGGUAUAAUUUUUAAUAAAAUAUGCCACGUCCAUCAUUAUCGUUAGUCCAAUCAGCCCGCUAGUUGACACCGUCAAAGAAUUGGACAGAAGCGGCUAUAAGUGGUAUUUCUUCAAAUCUGACUAUUAUUGUCACAAACGUGAAAGUUUUGGCUAUACAAGUGUAUUUUACCUUUGUAAAAUUAUCAUUCUCUGUUUUGAAUAACAAACUGGAAAUCAC